AUGGUGGUUGGGUGUUGUGAGAUAUCAGUGUUUGUGGGCGAUGAAGAGUGCGGGCGGCAAGAUGUCGAUGUUGUGGAAGAAAAGAAGAAGGAAGAGGAAAUGAGGGCGCCUCAAGUACGUCGCCGACAGUGUGAGGUGAGAUUCAUUUUGUGCUUCACUCACUUCACGCGGAUCGCAAUGAAUGGAGAAGCUGAUUGGCUGCAGGGCCCACGGGCGGUCAGCUUGACAGACCUUUCGACUUCCUUCACAUGCGCCAAAAGUGAACACGAAAUCACAACAGGACGAGCGCAAAUGGACGGCUAUCGCACGACCCUCCACGACGAAGACACUGCAUGCGACUUCAACACCGUCCUCCGCGUUCUCCUCCCAAGACACGCAUCGAGAACGGACGAAUUAUCAAGCUCUAGCAUCGAUAUCACCACAUGGAUGAGGCAGCAUCUCACGGGUGUAGAUCAAGAGCAAAUCGCAGAACCAGAGCCCACGCUACCCGCGGCAGAAUCGACUGGUGUCUCAAGGAGCUCCGUGCCCCAGUCCAGCAACCGGCCAUCGCUUGAGCAGCACUUCAUGUAUGUGCGCGUUACGUCAACAGCGCGCCAACAAGAAAAAGAAGAGCACUUGGACUUCUUGGCGAAGAUCUAUAUCGCUGCAGCAGGAGUUGUUCUCAUCUGCCUCGCUCUCAUCGUCCGCGAAAUUAGAGCUCGCCGACCACGGCGGACAUAUCCGCGGGCGGCGAGACUGAAAAGUGAGCGGCUUCCACCUUCUCAAACAACAACACCAUCAAAGACACUGCAAUACUCCAAUCGCACAUCGAUGGCGCUCGAGCUCAGCGACAGCGACCUUGUUGACCUCGAGGUACCUUUGACACCGCCGAGAAGCACGACGAUGAAGCGCCGCGCAGAAUCGCCACAUCCGCAUGAGUCGACCAGCAAGCGCGUCUUGACGGAAGACGCCUCCACCACCGCAGACGCUGAAGACAGUGACGACGAAUUCGUGGACGCUGAAGAAGAGAUCACAACCGACUACAAUGGCGUCGAUGAGGCGAAGAGCUCGGCAGCAUUCAACUUUGAGGAUUUCGUCAAUCUAGACCGUCCGAGUGACGCCAAUGAACAAACGAACCUCGCACAGCCGCAAAUAGACCGCUUCUCCGGACAUGAGCUUGACCAGUACGGCUGCGGUGGUCAGGGUCCAAAUGACUUCUCAGACAUUCUGGGUCCGCACGGCUAUGGCAACGGUUUGACUGAAGAAGAGUCUGAAGCUCAAGGCAUUACAGCUGAGCAGCAUCUCGACUUUGCAAAUGGGCUCGUUGAGUAUGACGGGCAGCAGCCUGAGACUGAACAGAAUGAGCUUCCGCCGAGAGAGACAUGGAACCAAAUGUCAGCCGCCGAGCAGGACGAGCUUCUCAACAAGGGCAGUAGAGACGCAGAGGACGAGCCCAUGUUCGAUUCUUACGCACAAGGUGGUGCAAACGGUGGAGCCUUCUUCUCAGGCACCGUGGAGGAUGAGCUUCUGCGAAACGAUCCACCUGUGGAGCAAGAUGAACAUGAAGCCGUCGACGAGGAAGGCGAAGAGGAGGAUGAUACUCAGCUUGGGACCCAGCAAGAUUCUUUUGAUGACGACAACCUCUUCUCCACGACCUUUGGCGAUCAUGCCGAAGUGCUCUCUGAUGACGAACAAGACCAUCCUCCUCAACAGCCACAAGAUCUUAUCGAUGAGUCUUCGCAUAAAGUCACACAUCCAUCAGGACCCCAAGCAGUUGACUCCACGCAACCAACACAGUCCAAAGCCAACCACAGCAGCAACGAAAUUAUCGACCUCACCCACAUCAACGACAAAGCCGUCGUGAACUUUCUAAACGAAUCGAAAUGGGUCUACGAAGCCACCGACAACACCAUUCACCCAUCAUCUCCACCACCAACCUCCCAGGCCUCCACCACCACCACCACCAACGGCGUCAACAAGACCUCAGCCCCCGCCUCCGCCCAACGCACUACCGACCUCUUCCGCGCGCAAGCCGAAAAACCCACCAUCCCCCGCGACCUAGGAAAAAGUCUCCGCGCCUUCCAAAAAUUCCACACUCGAGUCCUCCACCUAAUCCCUCGCCUCCCCAACUGGUCCUCCCUCCCCGCUCGCAGGUACUGGAUCGCAGUGCUGCACAUGGACCGAAAACCGACCUCGUCAUCACUCUCCGAAAAAGACUUCCUGUGGAUGAAAGGCAAUCGGUUCUCGACGAUUUCCACGAUUUGGAAUUCUUAUCAGACGAGGAGUAUGUGUGAUCCCGAGGAUUUUGUUUUGGUGUCGAGAGGCGAGGUGCUGGGGAUGGAGGUGAAGGCGGAGGAGUUGGAUUGGUUUGGGGAGAAGUUGGUUGUGCUGAGGGCGAUGAGGAAGGUGGAGGCCAGGGAGGUUGUUGCGACUGUGAAGGGGCUGCUUGGUGGGUUUGGGAUGGUUCCGGAUCAGAAGGCGGAGGGAUGGAGAUGGGGAUGGGGACUUGCCUUUGAGAGAGGUUUCAGGCUUCUUUUUGGUUUCGAGGAUAUUCUUCUCUUGGAUCCCAUUGCACCAGUGGCGGUGGGUGGAGCUACGAACCUGCCACAUACGACUAUCGGAUAUGAGAAAUUGAAAGGAAGCAACCUUGAAAUGUGUCAUGAGAUCUUCAUUUCUGCUUUGGCACUACACAGUGGUAUGGAAUGCGCUAUGCAACGUGUCAUUCGCACGCUUGGAAAAGUUCGCCGCACCUGUGAUCCAACGCCUCGCUCCCAUAAUUUCAAGAUGCAGUAUUUUUCUUUACUCCGCCGCCCAGAUUCAAUGAAGCCUUCCAGAACGCCGUUGUUCAAUGCGUGGUCCGAUUCGUGGGACCACAUUUCGAUCGUGUAG